UCUUCCUCUCCCUUCUCCUUAUAAGUGUGUAAUUUUUCUACCUAGAAAUUAUAUUCAAUCUACAUAUACACAGAUUCACAAAUGGUUAACUUACUAGAGAAAUUAUUUGGCUCUUUUGUUUCUGCCAUCACUAGUUAUUGUGUCUUUAACUAUCAUCAUCCUCAUCAUCAACAAGGUACCAACAAACACAAAAUGACUAAGGCUCGACCACUUUCUUUACAGACAGUGGAACUCAAAGUAAGGAUGUGUUGUAGUGGGUGUGAGAGAGUUAUUAAAGAUGCUGUCUUCAAGCUUAGAGGAGUAGAGUCGGUGUCAGUGGAGAUAGAGAUGGAGAAAGUGACGGUGGUGGGAUAUGUGGAUCGAAAUAAGGUGCUAAAAGCAGUGCGAAGGCAUGGGAAGCGAGCGGAAUUCUGGCCAUACCCAAAUCCACCACUAUACUUCACAUCUUCAAAUAACUACUUCAAAGAUAUGACAAGUGAGUACAGAGACAGCUACAAUUACUGGAGGCAUGGUUAUAAUGUUGCUGACAAACAUGGCAAUCUUCAUGUUACUCAUCGAGGUGAUGACAAAGUUAGUAACCUAUUUAACGAUGAUAACGUUAAUGCAUGUUGCCUCAUGUGAUCGAUCGAUAUAAUGAAUUAUAGUAUAUGAUGUGUAUUAUUGUGUAGUGUAAGGCAAUAUGUAUGUAUACCUACUAUUAAUGAAAUGCGCGCAAUUAGUAGUUAA